GACUUGCAAGAAAGUGGAAAUGACAGGAGGAUGUGGGCUCAAUCAUAUGCAGGCAGUCCUUGGCUUAGCAUGUUUCUCCGCAAUGAGCUACAGUCUCGGCCCCGACUUGCGGAGAUGGAUGUUUUCCACUUUCCAAAUGGCUAGCAAUUACCCCAGGCUUGUGACCAUAUACCAUAUGUGAAUUCGAAAUGUCUGACUAGCAUGAAUAUGCUCUUAUUAAAAGUCUGGUCAUACCCUCAACAAUCGCAGAUUACUCAACCAUCCAACGACAUCUAACGAGACCUCUCAGUAUUACCCACUAUCCCAAACAAUUUUCGAAAUGUCUUCGGAAGGCCAUGAUUCCUACGACCAUGCCAACAAGAUGGAGGCAGCGAAUGGUGCAAGCGCCGCCCAGCUGGAGAGACUUAAGACCGCCGGCGGCCACGUCAACGACAGGACUCAGCCGUCUCUUCCUGUAGUCCAUCGAAGCUUCGCAAACCCGGCUCCUCUGGGAUUGUUAUCCUUUGCGACUGGAAUCUUCCUCAUCUCCAUCUUCGGUGUAAAAGUUCGAGGUGUAGCAACCCCGAAUGUCUUGAUUGGUGUGUUAAUCUUCUUUGGAGGGGUUUGCCAAUUUAUUUCUGGAAUAAUGGAAUUCAUCAGCGGAAAUACGUUCGGCGCAACUGUCUUCCCCUCCUAUGGAGCGUUCAACCUGUCCUAUGCUUUAAUCUAUCUUCCCGGUUCCGGGAUCCUGGCAGCAUACACCGACGCAACUACUGGUGAACUCAAUGCCCAAUUUCCGAAUGCCCUCGCCAUGUACCUUUGGGCUUGGUUCAUUCUUACCGUCAUCUUCACCGUAGCUGCUAUGCGCUCUUCUUGGGUGUUGUUCCUGGAUUUGUUCUUCCUCGACAUUGUGCUUCUUCUUCUGGCCUGCGGAUACAUGCUCAACGACUCGCGAUUAGAAACUGCUGGAAGUGCGUUGGGAUUUGUGGUGGCAUUUUUGAGCUAUUGGGCUGGGACUGCGGGACUGUUUGCGAAUGGCAUUACUCCUAUCAACCUUCCUGUCUUCCCAAUGUACAGAGAAGAAUAAUUACGAAAAGCCUUGAGCUGUGGGGUCCGGAGGCUCACAAGUGAGGACGUGGGUUUAAAGUAUGAGAUCGGAGUCCUUGAUAGCUAGCUUGAAGCUUUUGUAAUGUCCAAAUUUAUUCGAAUGAAGACCAUUAC